AUGGAUAAUCAACAGCGGGAGCAGAGAUCUGCGUCCGCGCGCCAGUUCUCCACGCGCUUCCUGCCGAGCGAUGGGAUCCCAGAGUACAACGCGCUACUGGACUCGCACCUGGGCAAGCGACGCGAGUUCCUGCUGGGCAACCGCCACUCGCUCGAGCUGAUGCAGCAGACUGGAGUGAUCGAGCGCGUGGAGGCGCAGCCCGACAAUCCGAACCAGUACGUGGUGCAUAUCGCUGAGAAGUCGAUCCAUCGAAGGAAGAGACUGCCACCUCGAUCCGGUUCAGAUCCGCUGCAGCUACCCGAGUCCCAAACGAUGCCGUGGAGACAGAACUCCGCCUCGCGCAGAAGCAGCAGCGCGUCUCGGUUGGAUACUGUGGAGGAUUUCAGUGGAAAUGGUGGCGGUGAUUUGAGCGCAGCCAAGAAGACAAACGCCGCGACGUUGAUAGGACUGAGCCGAAGCUACAGUACGAACACGGUGCUGACCACGUCCAAGCCAGUGUUGAAGUCUUCAGCUGCUAAUCGCUUGGCACUGUUCGGUUCGACGAACGCCCCUCAGACAGCUGUGAAAGGCACCGUGGAGUACUUACUCGAGAGUGACGCAACGUUCAUGACGCAAAUCCGGAUAAUGAAGGAGCAUCUCACGGCGUUGGAGAACACCAAGGCGUACCUGGAUACGGAGAUCGGGUGUCUUCGACGGAAGCUCCGAGGUGUGAACGCUGUACGCGAGAAUGAUGUCGCCGUUGCGCAUUGUUCCUCCAUCAUGCAGCAUCGACUGUCCAAGGCCGAGGAAGAGUUCAUGAAGCUCGUCACGCAGCAGCAGGAGGUGAAAAAAGACGUGGACCGCGUGCGUCGCGAGCUCUUGUCGUUGCGUAAAGUGCGGCACAAACUGCAGGAAGACAUUGAGGACGUGGCGCAGGCGAAUCAGUCGUACGAGGAGAGGAUCCACGCAUCCAAGAGUGUGCGCAACCAACUCUCCGAGGAGCUGAGUGAGCUCGAGCGCCGCGCGGAAGUGGAACUGGAGGCCCAACGGCUCAAUCUCCCGCCUGAAGACGCAGUCGUUGUGGACGUAGCCAAGCUCAUGGGCGCCGUGCAGGAGCGCAACUUGACUCUCCUGGACUACUGCGUACGAACGUCGGCUUUCCGUGUGCUGCAAAACUCGAUGGGGUUCGAGGACUUGGCGUCGUUCGAGCAGCAAUUCACGGCUGCUGAGGAGCAACUUCUGUCCAAAUACAAGGCCAAUCUCGCGCUGUCAGAUGAAGUUGCAGCUCUGGAGAAGGAACUAGCUGCGGUGAACACGGAGAAGAAGGCCAACCGCGCCAACGCGCGGGGUAUUAUCCAGGCUAACGAGAAGGUUGAGCGCGACGUCCAAGCGCGCAUUCAGACGACGCUCGCGAGCAUUAAAUCCUACAACGAGCUGCGAGAGCUGCGCAAUCGCGAGCACGCCAAGCUGCGUGGAAUCAUGCUGCGAUGUCUUGACGCGCUGCAGAUUGACAUCGGAGGCUCGGAUCUCCCUGAAAAUGAAGGCGCGAGCGGUAGCGGGGGUACCAACGCGAGCGCCAACACUGCGGGGUCAAGUACUCACUCACUUUACUGGACUGAGACGCAGUCCCCGGAGCUGCUGGAGAUGUUGCAGCGCAAGAUGACGCAGGUGGCCGUCACUCUCAAGGUCAAGCACAACUCGCGGAUACUGGAGAUCCCGCCCGAGGCGCUUCGCCUGAACCGCGGCCAUGAUGGGCGACGAAGUAACAUGUUCUCAACGCGCGAGAGCUCAAAGAUCGUCAUGGGCCCACGGGAACCUUCGGGCUCCGCGUUGGCAGCCAUUCUCAGCACGUAUGAUGGAGGUGAUGCACGGACUGCACCGUGCUGUGAGUCCUGCUCGCAGGAAGGCAAGCUCGCUUUCGCUGAGACCGCCUGA